UCCAUUGUCACUUAUCACGGAACUAGAGCGCCUUUUGAUUCAUCUGUCUCUCUCGCCGGCCAUGCUUAACUCUCUGGCUAGGGUUUGAGAAUUCAUGCUUACUCCUGCGGCUAGACGCUGUUGAUCUCCAUGUUCGAGAGGGUCUGCUUGCAAGAUGUUGUUAAACCGGGGUUUUGAGUCUCUCUCUCUCUACGCAAUUCUCUGGCAUCGUUUGUGAUCAUGUCGGGCAAAAGGUAAUUCUAGUGGAGAGGCUGUGAAACGGCGAUUCUCCCAUUCUAUUGAAGUAGGGAGGGCUUCCUUGCCGAUUUAGGCUUUGGUUGGGGCUUUGGGGGUUUUUUUUCGGGUUUGCCAUUUGCAUCCGCCAGGGACCCGCCGGAGCUGCAUCUAAGAGUCUUAGCCGGAACUCCAGUUGCGAGUCAUAGUCUCAGUUUUGGGAUUUCGAGUGACAGUCUAUAUAAUCAAACAUCUGGGCAGCAAGAUGAGCACAAAAGUUGAUCAGACCACAGUGGCAAUUACUUCAUCCACUAGCAGCCCAAAGGUCACUAUGUUUGGAGCAAAGUCUGGAUUUGUUAUUCCAAAAAACAAAUUAUCAGGUUCGUUGGUUCCCAUCUUCCGAGGUGGUAAAAAGGCAGGAGGCAGUGAUGCAGCCGAUGAAGAAAGUGCCAAACAGGUUCAAAGAAAAACAAAAUGGGGCCUCGAUCUGACACAAGAUGCUGCUGUUAGAAGAGGAAAAGCCUUAGCUUAUCAGACUCGUUUGGAUCAAAUCACGCAACAGCUGAAGUCAGGAAUUCUAGAAACUGGGGACAGUCAAGAUUCAGCAGCUGAGGUUCUGGAUCAGGAGUCUUCUGGUCAGCAGAUUAAUAGUGAGAAACAUAAAAAGUUGGACCUUGAAAGACGGGAAGUUAUCGGUGAAAUACUAAAGUUAAAUCCAAGUUACAAGGCCCCGCCUGACUAUAAACCUGUAUUGAAAGAUGCCAGAGUUCCUGUCCCUGUCAAAGAAUAUCCUGGAUACAAUUUUAUUGGCCUAAUAUUUGGGCCCGGAAAUGACACUAUAAAGCGAUUAGAAAAGGAAACUGGAACCAGAAUACAAGUUUAUGGUACUAAAGCAGAUACAGGAGAGAAGGGUGAAAUUACAGCAUCUGACGGAACAGAAAUCCAGGGUGCUUAUGAAGAAUUGUAUGUUCAUGUAUCAGCUGACACGUUUGAGAAAGUUGAUGCUGUAGUGGCACUAGUUGAACUGCUUGUUACCCCAGUAUCAGGAAAUCCAGCAACUGUUUCUACGACAUCAACUUCAGUUUCUACAGAUAACACAAAUGUUCUCAAUCAGAGUCAGGGCUCACUUACCCCUUACACGAUCCCCACUACUGUGGCAAACCAGGGAGUGGUGCAACCAGCCACUGGGCUUGCUCAAAAUCCUCCCCAAAGUCGGUUUCAGCUACACCCCCAUCCUUGGAUCCCAACUGGCCCACCGCAUACUCCAAUUCAUCAAGCUUCUGGCUUCAUUCCUCCACCAAGUUCUUCAGUGCCAGUUCUUAACAGUCCUGCCCAUCUAGCUGCAUCGCCUUUUAGCCCUCCAAAUUUGCCUCCAUUGUUUGGGGCAUCAACUGCUCCAGCAGCUGGAUUUGGCUCAGCUAUCCAAAACCAAUCUCUUGCCUCUUCUAGGCCACCACAAUGGAUGCCAGUUAUGCGGCAUCCAUACAUACCUUUUACAGGUCCCUUGAGUCAAACUGGUCCACCAAGGAUUCCUUCCAUGCCAGUUCCGCAGCCAUCACCAGCUCAACAUACGGCUCCUGCUGUAUUUACUAGCGGCCAAAAUACACAACCAGCACCUCCUCUUUCGAGGCCAUUAAUGCCGUCACUUCACCCCCUUGUGUCAAAACAUCAUCAGGGAAUGCCACCUGAUCGGCCAAUUACCCCUGCUGGGAGCUCUUCCGGAUGGUCAGGACCUGCAGGCGCUCCAUCUUUAGGACCAACUAAUGCAGUACAUCCACCACCACCAGUAGUUCCACUGCAAGGGCCUCGUUCUGUAGCUUCACAACCUGUUCAUGCGUCAACAGCUCCAGCUAAUAUGUCAGCACCCAAUAUUGUUCCACCUCUAUCAUUUCCAUCCCAACCAUCUGGUCCCCACUCAUCCAGCACAUCUGCAAACCGGCCUCCUGCAGCCCCUGCAUCUUCUUCUUUGGUUCCAAUACCAGUACAAGUUCCCACGCCAGCACCAAGCCAGCCUCCAUUACCAGCCAUGCCAAUGCAUGCAGCAACUGCACGAGCAUCAGUAGUAAAUCCAUCACCAAACCCUCCACUGGGUUCCACACCACUUCGUUUACCAACUGCAUCCACAUCGUCAGCACCUCCUGUGCAAUCUGGAAUUCCAGGUUCUGUUUCUGGCAACUUACCAAGUUUCACACCCUUGAAACCCCCACCCAUAACAGCUCCAAGACCCCCACGCUCAAAUUCUGGUGAUUUUACCUUUCAGCCUGUCUCUACACACAGUCCAGCCUCGCAAGCAGUUCCUAGGCCAAGCAGCCAUCCCCCAACUCAGAGCACACACUCAAAAAUGAUGGUGCAACCUAUGCUGACACCUCAAGCACCAUCUUUCCAGCCAGCCAUGCCCGGUUCAGCUCCACCACCUGUCUUGCAAUCCUUCCCAAGGCCACCAGUUAGCAACCCAAGGGGUCAACCUCAAACUCAAGUGCCUCCCAUUACCUUCUCUGGAAACCGAAAUGCCGUCUCAGCUCCUCCCAGACUUCCAUCGUUUCCUGUUGUGCCUACCACUCCAGUUCCCAGGAUGAGAGCAAUGAACCCUAAUAAUCCGACUCCCCAAAUGCCUAAUUUGGGUGGUCCUUUUCCUCCCAGGCCAGUAAAUCACAUGCAACCUCGACAAAUUUAUCCAGCUCCUGUAAUCAGGCCAGAGAUUGCUAUUAAUCAACAGUUUCAGAACAAUCCCUCCUUUGCACCUGGGAAGCCAGCUUCUACUCCAUCUGGAGAACAGCAAAUAUAUGAUCCCUUCUCACCCACUUCUGUGUCUAAUCAGCCUCAGCAGGUUGGUAAUCCGACAAAGGCGAGAAAACAGGAAAAUGAUCCAGAAUAUGAGGAUUUAAUGGCCUCAGUUGGAGUAAGAUAAUUUGGAGCCUGCAGCUUGUUGGCUUUUACUGAGAACUUAUGAGACCCAAAAAGGGAAAUGUUAUAUGCUUUUAGAGAUUAAAUUUACCUCAUUUCUUUGGAAAACAUGAAAAUUUCAGUGCUACGCUUAUUGAUUGUAUUUCUUUCUUCAAGUCUUUUCCCAAGCUGAAUUUAGAAACUGGCAUUUUCCAUAUUUAAUGAAAAGUGCCCAGCUUCCUGUC